AUGGUUGAGUCAUCAAAAAGAAUAGAUCCUAGUCCAGAUAGUCAUGACGGUGAAACUUAUCUAUCAAGAUAUCUAAAGGUGUAGGCUGAGGAGUUCCCUGUAUAAAACCCAAUCAACUUCACUACUAGAGUAAAUAACACAGAUGUCAAGUUGCAUUCUGUAGAAUAUCCCAAUGAAGGGGAGCUCAAAGGAGUAGUCUUCUUCUUUCUUGGAUAUGGAGGAUAUUGUGAUUUCUAUGGUAACUAGUUUAAAAUAUUUGCUCAAGGAGGCUUCAGAGUGUUUGGCUUUGAUAGACAUGGGUUUGGAAAAAGUGAAGGAGUAAGAGCAGACACUGGGCCUGACUUGAUGGGAGAUCAGUUUAGAUUCGUUGACUAGAUAGUUGAAACAUUUGGAUUAUAGGAUGCAAAGAAAUUUAUAUUUGGAACAUCAAUGGGUGGUUUAAUCUGUACUAGGAUGAUACAGAUAAGACCAGAUUACUUUAGUGGAGCGAUCCUUAAUGUCCCUUGGUUUGCAAAUCAUGAAGCUAACCAAAUUGGAUACUUUAAGAGAAUGCUUUUGAAAGCUAUGAGUACUGUAUUUAGAAAUAGAUAGAUUCCACACCCCAACAAAUCUCCAGAAUAUGAUGAAUUUCUUACUUAUGUAAUAAGCAAUGAUCCUUUAUACACAGGACCUAUUCAAUUCCACAUGGCUGAAUAUGGAUUUAGUUUAUAAGAUCAAAUGAAUGCUUAAUUAGACACGAUCCCUAAUAUUCCAAUUUUUAUUACUGUGGCAGAGAAUGAUUGGAUUGUAUCUAAUAUUCGCAUAUUUGAGAUUUCUAAUAUAUUAAAGAACCCUAAAAAUAAAACUGUUACCUACAAGAAUGCAGCUCAUGCUUUGUUUUACUAAGAUGGGUUUUAUCAAAAGGUAAUGAGUGAUAUUCUUGAUUGGCUACUUCAAGUUUCAUAAUGA